CCACCUCCUUCCAUCAGCGGAAGGACGAGCGAAGGGGAGAGAAGACGGGCGUUCAGGAGAGCAUCUGGGGGAGAAGGGUGCUGCUUAUUCCAACUCGCGUAGGUGAAACCUAAGCGGAGGCUCGGGCAAGCCUGGGGUGACCUCGCAACCUCACAGCGGGUCGCAGGUGCCCGUUAUUCCUAGACUGUCCCAGGAGUCAGGAAAAAGAGCUUCGGAACAUAUUUAGCCCUAUCUUCUGGCUCACUGAUGCUGCUUUUCUCACGGUUUAUCACAGGAAUGGAAAGGAGAAAACGGGAGGGGGGAAAGGGCGAAGCCACCAGAAGCAGCUGUGGCAUUUUGCUGACUAUUCGCCCAUUGGGCCGGCUUGCCAUCCAGUGAUGCCAGGUUCUCGAAGCGACAUAAAGCAGGACUCCUAGGAUCUUCCUCCUGCUGCAUUUUAGGCACUGAACCCCAAUCCCGACUGUAUGUUAACACUGAAUUCUGAGUAGUAGUUGUUUUGGCAGUGUGACUGCGCAUGCUCGGAAAGGGGACGCAAGCCGAGAUCCCAAACGCUGUACAGUGCAAACCGCACGCCACGUUACGGAUCGGCUUACUCUACGCAGUUGGCCUCAUUUCUCUGCACUGUCGGCUUUCCCUGUAGUUUCUCCUCUCGAACGCCAGGUGGAGCAACCGGCCGGAUACCGCCACAGCCCUGGCAGGCGGCGCUGUGGUGCCUGGGCCGAUUCUCCACGUUGCAAUCGCUCUAUCUGUGACGGAGCGACUCGUUGGCCCGGGCCACGCAUGCGCUGAGCCUUCCUUUCGCUAUUCCCGCCGCUCUGCCCCUCCUCUGUCUUCUCUGCACUGGGAGCAGCUCUCCUGCCACAGCCCCUCAACCUCUGAAAAUGUUUGUCUGCUCCAAGUUCAUCUCCACUUCCUCCUUGGUCAAGAGCACCUCACAGCUGCUGAGCCGUCCACUAUCUACAGUUUUGCUGAAAAGACCAGAGACACUGACAGAUGAGAGCCCCAGCAGAUUGGCAGUCUCACGUCCCCUUACCUCAUUUGUCUCUAGCCGCAGCUUCCAAACCAGCGCCAUUUCAAGGGACAUCGACACAGCAGCCAAGUUCAUUGGGGCUGGGGCUGCCACAGUUGGGGUGGCCGGCUCUGGGGCUGGGAUUGGGACUGUGUUUGGGAGCCUCAUCAUUGGUUAUGCCAGGAACCCUUCUCUGAAGCAACAGCUCUUCUCCUACGCCAUUCUGGGCUUUGCCCUCUCGGAGGCCAUGGGGCUCUUUUGCCUGAUGGUGGCCUUUCUCAUCCUCUUCGCCAUGUGAAGGAGCCGUCUCCAUAUCCCAUAGUUCUUUCUCCCAUGUAUGGUCAGCCCUGUGUGUUCCUUUUCCUAUACCUCCCCAGGUACCCUGGGGAACGUGGUUGGCUCAGGGUUUGACAGAGAAAAGACAAAUAAAUACUGUAUUAAUAAGA